GAGCACAGUCUCAAACAGGAGCAGUCUUUGCGGAGCCAAGCACUGACGGAGACGGGCUGUAGCGGCGGCGACGGCGUUCACGUGACGUCACUCAGUAUGGCGGCGGCUCUAGCUGGCUUGAGGGUCCUGGGCUGCGGCAGCCGAGCUGCUGGUGCUGCACACUCCGCCCCGUGGCGGCUCCCCCGCGCUCGGCAACAUGGGGGGCAGGUGCAGCUGUUGAUACGCCUGUCCGGCGCUGGGGGGCGCUACUUCAGCUCGGAGGUGAAAAGCGAGGACGACCUGAGGGUCAGAUACCUGGAGGGAGAACAGCAAGGAAUUGUUGUAAUUGGGAUAAAUCGACCACAUGCAAAAAAUGCCAUUAGUAAAGGUCUGGUCAAAUCGAUGAUGAAGACUGUUGAGUCGCUGAAGAGCAAUAACAAAGUGAGGACUGUAAUCCUGCGGAGUGAAGUCCCUGGUGUGUUUUGUGCAGGAGCCGAUUUGAAGGAAAGGGCAAAAAUGCAUCCAAGUGAAGUGGGACCAUUUGUAUCAAAAGCUAGAGCCCUGAUGAAUGAAUUUGCGAAUCUUCCAAUGCCAACUAUUGCUGCCCUGGAUGGAGCAGCCUUAGGAGGAGGCCUAGAAAUGGCUUUAUCGAGUGACAUUAUAGUGGCAGCUUCAUCAGCGAAAAUGGGGCUAGUUGAAACCAAGUUGGCCAUAAUUCCUGGAGCAGGAGGAACACAACGACUACCACGUGCAGUAGGAGUUGCAUUGGCAAAGGAACUUAUAUUUUCUGCCCGUGUCCUAGAUGGUAACGAAGCAAAAUCCAUUGGUCUGGUCAGUCACGUGGUAGAACAAAAUGACGAGGGGGACGCAGCUUACAAAAGGGCUGUUGCUUUAGCACUGGAAUUUAUAUCUCAGGGACCAAUUGCAAUGAGAAUGGCUAAAUUAGCAAUCAACCAAGGCAUUGAAGUGGAUUUGGCAACAGGCUUAGCAAUAGAAGAAGCAUGCUAUGCUCAGGUUAUCCCAACAAAGGAUAGGAUUGAAGGCUUACUAGCAUUUAAGGAAAAAAGACCUCCACGUUUCAAGGGAGAAUAAGGAGACACUGCAAUGCCUUUCCUGAGAAUAUGGAAGAAAAGAAACGUUUUGGGCACCGUCUUUCUAUCCCUUGUCUUAGUACGUGGAAUUUCCCAUCCAUGAAAAUUGAAUCAAAUGUAAACAUUACGGCAUCUGGAAUGUGCCCAUACAUGCAUCUGAUACAAGUAUGUGUUUCAGAUCACUUUCGUAGUUUCCGCCUGUGCUUGUACCUACAUGCACUGUCACUCACUUGCCUUCUUUAAGUUCCCCGAGCUGUCAGAAACUCCAUUUUAAUAGCAAACACUAGUAAUCUCCAGGGCUGCACAGAAAACCUAUGUUUAUUUAUUUUUGCUUCAUCAGCAUUGUACGUUAUGAUACACUGUAUAGAUUGUCAAAGUAAUGUGAAAUAAAGCCAUAGGAAUGAUUCACAAUAUCAAAGAAUGUCAGCAAUCCUAACUGCAAAAAAACAUUUUCAGAAAAUAUCAGAUGGAAUGUAUGAAAUCAAUAAAGCUGUACUGAAACCGUA